AUGAAUUCUAAUUACAACUUUGAUCAUCUAAGACCUGCGAAUACCCUGUCAUCUGUAAAAUUAUAAUAAGACUCUCCUUGGGUAGAAAAGACUGAUUUAGACCAACUUGAUAACUAGAACAUUAGAGAUGAAGUAGAGCAAGUCUCUACAUAAGAAGAGACUAAGAUAUCUCUCAAUGAUCUUCUGAUAGACCAUCAUUCAAAGAUGACUGAAAUCUUGAAUCAUUAGUUGGUUACUAUAGAAGCAAGCCAAGGCGAUCUUUAAAUACUAUAUUUCGAUGUUGAAAAGCCAUCUGUAAUCACUAUCAAAGCUUGGCCAGCCAAUGAUGAUAGUGAUCCAGAUAUCUAUUUAUCAAAUGCUACUCCAUUUGUAAGCACCUCAAACUAUUAAUGGAAAUCUGCAAACAUUGGAAGUGAUCGAAUCGAUGUCCAUCCAUAAGAUCCAAAGUAUAAAAUUGGCAGAUACUAUCUAGGUGCGAAUCCCUAUCGAGUUGGCAUAAAUAAGUUUUAUGUUUCCUUGACUCUUAUAGACGCAAAAAAAGUGCAUGAACUUUAAGAUGAUCAAGAACAUGAACUUAAUGUUUUGGAAUCUGAGUUCUUCUAAUAUAGUAUCAAGCAUCUAGGAACCUCUUACCUUUAUAUACAGUGCUCAGAAAGAAAAAACACAGAGCUCUUUAUAUCAACUUUAAAUAUUUAUCCAUCAGAAAAGGAGCAUAAAUGGGCUUUCGGCGAACUUCCAUUAUCUAUCGCUGAGAAGUCUAAACAAAAUCCCUUUAUGCGCGAUAUCUUUACUGAGGCUACUCCUUUUGAAAUAGAGGAAAAUGGCAUAACUUACUAUAGAGAGUUUAAGGAUAAAACAAAGUACAUUCCUAAAUCAGAAGAGGAGUUGAUUGAUCCCAGUCAAAGUAAUGUUUAGUCAAGUGAACUGAAAAGUGUACUAAUUUAAAAGGAAGAUUGGAAAUAAGAUUCAGGGAUAAAAGUGUUGCUAGAGUCAGAAGCUUGGCGUUUUGUAUCGAAUAAAGCUCACUUUGGUUUGUAUAAUAAAUCAGGACAAGAUUAGAUCUACAAAUUUAAGUUGACUGAAAUCAAGGAGGAAGAUAUUCUGCCUGUCGAAUUGAAAGAUAAGUUCAUAUUUUUCGAAGAGCUGUUUAACAGCAAGGAAGAAGCUGCAGUAGUUAGCUAAAAGGAGAGGCAAAGGAAGAAUGUUUGCGAUAAAACUGAAUUCACUUAUGGAGAGGUUAUGUUUACAUACUUUAUUCCGCUAAUGGGAUUAACAUAGCCUUAGGAGGGCGAAUCAUUCUGGGAUUUAGGCUGCGGUGGUGGCAGACCUUUGAUCAUUUCAUCUCUUGCCUUUCCAUAAUUAAAAAAAUGCAUUGGAGUAGAGUUGCUUGAUGGACUUUAUGAUUUAGCACAACAGACUGCUUCAGACUACAUGAAACAGGCUACUGAUAGAUUUCCUAAUGAAAGAAUUGUACCUUUAGAAAUCAUUAAAGGAGAUAUGCUUUAAAUUGAUUGGAGCGAUGCAGAUAUAAUAUAUGCUUCUUCUAUUUGUUUCCCUGAUGAGCUGGUUGAAGGUAUUUGUGAUUAAGCUAGAAAAUUAAAGAAAGGAGCCAGAAUUCUAACAUUGAAGAGUUUCCCAGACAGAGAUUAUUUGAGAAUGGAGUAUUCAUUAAAAAUAAAAAUGUCAUGGGGUAGAUGCUAAGUGGCUAUGUACCGAAAAAUUACUGACCCAGAAUUAGAUUCUUGA